AUGCAGUCUAGUCCAGAAGCCUCUUUCAUCGACGGCUGUCACCACAACACGAGCCUUACGCCCGCUGCUGCCAUGUUGUCGAAGCCCAGCGCACCUGCGACAUUUUUUCCUUACAGUCCUGGUUCGAGUGGCUUGCCGAAUGCACCGCUGGGUCCAUUGCCAUCACGGACGAGAGGUGGGAGCACGCUCCUUCGGUGUGCUGCAUGCAUCGAGCAGGGCCGGAACGUCCGGGACCAGUUAGCACGGUCAUGCUUUGGUGUGGUUUGCCCUUUGGGUCUUCGGCUGUCCGCACGCUUUUCGCGUACCAGGAGCCCUCGCAGCCUCAGGAUGUCUUCCGUGUCUGGGUCGUCUGGGGGCGUUGAGAUUUGGCGGGCGUUGCCUGAGCAGAUACCUGCCAACUUCGAUGAGAUGAUGAGAAAUCGCUAUAACGACAUAGUCAGAGAAGAGUUGGAUGGGACCCCUUUUCGGACACUGGCUGUCAUGCGGGUUCCCAUUGAUUCGGUUCCCGAUGUGGGCUUCAAAAGCGACUUCUCGUUUCAGCGUGGCUCCUUGCAGCAUUCGGCUGUCCUUCAUGCUGAGCGGGAGCAUGGCGGCUUUGUCGGAUGUGCUGUCAACAUACCAAAGGCCGACUAUUUGCCGAGAGGGUGUGUUGGGGCAGAACUUCUUUCGGUGACCCAGCAGGAGAACAAUAUUGUUAAGGUAACACUUCGUGGUGUUGCGAUGUUGCGUAUCAUCGACCGUGUCUGUGGGCCUGACGACAACGGUCGUGUUCUUCCCAUUGUACAGGAAGUUUUGGAAUGCGGUGAUCUAGAGGAGAAACAAGGAUCAGAAGCUCUGGCACAAGAAAUCAAGCUCGUGGAAGAUCUGUUUGUCGCAUGUGGCGAACUCCAGAGAUCGACGGGCAUUUGGGCAGCCGGAGACCUUGCCUCAAGGACGGUCGCCGACAUGACAGCUGUCUCAAUGCAGACAGUGGCCGACGUGCAGUUGUCGGGUGUAAGCUCAGAAGAGCAGCGAUGGCCAGUGUUAGCGAGCCAUGCUGCUAUUUCGACCUUUUCUGCUGCGAAAAGGUCUGAAUUUUUGUGCGAUCCGAGCUCGACACUGCGGCGGAUUCGUUCACUUAGCAAAUUUUUGAAGUUAAUGCAGCGUGUCUUGACGCAGAAGCUGCUCGCAAAGAAGGCGUGA